CCCAACGUCACUACGUAACUUCUAUACCAAUGUGUACGGAAGUGGGAAGUGGUAUCACCACGCUAAAUUCCUGUCAUGUGUACUAAGAAUUCUUCUUUUAACGCGGUGGAAAGAAAUGAAUUCUGUUUUUAAUGUCUAAAACCUCAAACACAGCAUUUCAAGCAGAGGCAAAACAAUUCCAGAAUGAGCUCUCAGGACGUACUUAAAAACGCAUCCACUCUCGCGUCUUACAAUGUGCUGCUACAGGUGAUGUUCCGCGUGCUCACCUUCUUAUUGAACGCGUUCACCCUGCGUUUUGUAUCCAAAGAGCUGAUUGGAGUGGUGAAUGUAAGGCUCACACUGCUGUAUUCCACGCUAGUAUUUUUGUCUCGAGAGGCCUUUCGAAGAGCCUGUCUGAGUGGAUCUGCUGACGGGAAGCGCAACUGGAGGCAGCUCAUCAACCUGCUAUGGCUGACGUUGCCUCUGGGUGUGCUGUGGGGAGCCCUGUUAGCUGCUGUGUGGCUAUGGCUCCUGGAGGUGCCAGAUCCUCAAUCAGUUCCUUUUUACGGCCCCGCCGUGCUGCUGUUCGGACUAGCUGGGGUGCAGGAGCUCCUGGCCGAGCCCCUCUGGGUGCUGGCCCAAGUGCACAUGUUUGUGAAGCUAAAGGUGGUGGCUGAGAGCUUGGCUAUGUUGGCUAAGUGCAGCGUGACGGUGGUGUUGGUGAUGUCUGCCCGGGAGUGGGGCCUUUACAUCUUCUCUGCCGCUCAUCUGGUGUACACAGGAGUCUUGGUGCUGUGCUAUGCGGUUUACUUUCUUCAUUUCUUGCCGUCCAAAGAGGCAAUUGAGAUCAAUUUCCCCCUGCGCAAUAUUACAGAUCUGGUGCCUCACAAAGCUAAUGGAGAGCCGCUGGUGGACUGGACCGUGGCCCGUCUUACCUGGAGCUUCUUCAAGCAGUCGUUCCUCAAGCAGAUCCUGACUGAAGGCGAGCGCUACGUCAUGACCUUCCUGAACGUCCUGAGCUUCGGCGACCAGGGCGUUUAUGACAUCGUCAACAAUCUGGGCUCCAUGGUGGCGCGCUUCAUCUUCCUGCCAAUCGAGGAGAGCUUCUACAUCUUCUUUGCCAAAGUGCUGGAGCGAGGCCGUGAUGUGAAAAACCAGAAAGAGGAAGACGUUGGUGUCGCAGCAAAUGUGUUACAAUUCCUGCUCAAACUGGUGCUGGUGAUUGGACUCAUUAUCGCAGUCUUUGGGUACGCCUACUCAGAACUGGCCCUGGAUAUUUAUGGUGGAUCAUUGCUGAGCAGUGGGGCAGGUCCAUCCCUCCUGCGAUUUUACAGCUGCUACGUCCUCCUGCUGGCUGUAAACGGUGUGACCGAGUGUUUUGUGUUUGCUGCAAUGAGCCAGGAGGAGGUUGACAAGUACAAUUUGGUGAUGCUGGCCCUGUCUGCGUCCUUCCUCUUCCUGUCCUACAUGCUGACGUGGUGGGCUGGUGGCAUUGGCUUCAUUCUGGCCAACUGUUUGAACAUGGCCCUCCGCAUCACGCACAGCGUCCUGUACAUUCGCCGCUACUUCCUAUCCAGUCAGUGGAAACCCUUGCGGGGCCUGCUGCCCUCGCUGCCGCUGUGCCUGGCGCUCGCUGUCAGUGCAGCCAUCACGGUUGUCAGUGAGGGUGCUUUUUGCUGCGACGGCGGUUGGCUCCUCAGGUUAGUCCACGUCGGCGUGGGAGCGGCCUGUCUUCUUUUUGUUCUUGGGACGAUUGUGCUCACAGAAACUCAACUCGUUGUGUUUGUGAGGACUCAGCUUUUGCCCCAGUACAGGAAAAAAAGUGUAUAACGAAGGCCAGCGGCAAGUGGAUUUUUUUUGGGGUGGGGGGGUGGGGGGGGGGUUGUUGUUUUUUGUGGAUCAUGGACGCAAGUAUAUACAGUAUGUGCCUAAUUAAUUUUGAGUAUUUAAGAGUUCAGUUCAGUAGUAUAAUUUCCCAAAAAAUUAAGGUCAUUUCAUCAAUGCAGAGGAAAUUAUUUUUUUAGCUGUAGGAAAUUUAGACCGGUCAACAAAAUGUCACUACAUUUUUAAAUCUAAGAUACAAGUAAACUUUUCUAGAUUUUUUUUUGUUGGUGUGUUUACUGAAUCUGCCCUCACUUUAAUUUUUCCCCCCUUUGAUACAUUUGAUUUUUGGAAUAAUAUGUAAUAAUCUAUCCAAUAAUAUCCCAUUUUCUUUUGUUGUUUUUUUUUUCUUCUUUCUACCUACAUUCUUGCUGCUGGAGGCUGUAAAUUUCCCCAGUGUGGGACAAAUAAAGGAUAUCUUAUAUUUAUGAAUUAAGGGUUAGGUUCAGCAAUAAUAGCGAUAAAUUUAAAACGCAUGGUAGAAUCCAUCUUCCGCUAGCUUUUAUAGGUCAAAGUUCAAAACAAGAUAUACGGUCGCUUAAAAACUGGAUACACUAGAAAAAAGUAUACUCAUUUUUGUCAAUGUCAAAGAUAAAUUUAGGGACACUAAAAUUGGUUUCAAAAUUUGCUGUUGACCAGUGUAAUAAGAUCAUAAAAUAUUUCACUCUGUCUGAAGUGAAUUCAAGAUAUAAAAUUCACUGCUGUAACAAAUUGUUUUGGCCAAUACUGUACUUUAUUAAUAUGAAUGUGUAUGUGAAUAUGUGUAUAAUGUGUAUUAUAACGUGACUGAAUAAUUCCUCUGCACAUAUGAAGAAGUGUAACCUUAUUGGACACAUCAUUAGGUACACCUUCCAGAUAUUACGCCAGAUAUACGCAGAUAUUACGCUAUGAAGUGUGUGUAAUCAUCUGCGUAUGUGCUGUACUCUAAAUAAGGUGAUUUCUAUGAACUUUAUUUUUUUUGCUGAUUUUGUACACAUGUACCUAAUAAAUGACUUUUGAGUGUAUGAUAAGUAAACUAUUGUGGGCCAAAUUUAA